AUGACUUCAGUCGAUCCUGACGAUGCGUUAGAGCUCAGCCGAUAUAGCAAAUUGCGCGAGAGCUGUAAGAUGGCCCGAUUACUCAAGUUUGAUUAUAUAUGGGUAGAUACCUGUUGCAUCGACAAAAGCAGCAGUGCUGAACUUUCGGAGGCCAUCAACUCCAUGUUUCGUUGGUAUGCCGAAUCGACUGCCUGCAUAGCCUUUCUCGAAGACGUGACUCUCUCGGAGUCUAAAGAAGCGACAAAGAAUGCCUUUGUGAAUAGUCGUUGGUUUACAAGAGGCUGGACACUUCAAGAGCUUAUUGCACCGGGCAAGGUUAUCUUCUACGACCGAGACUGGAACCGAUUGGGCACCAGAGCAGAGCUCAAAGACGACAUUAAGCCUAUCACUGGAAUCAGUGAUGAGCUGCUCAAUACUACACAUCAUAUGAUGGAGAUCAAACAAAGACAACUGGUUCAAUACUCGGUCGCCGAGAAGAUGUACUGGGCUGCCAGACGAGAAACGACACGACCCGAGGAUAUUGCGUAUUGCUUACUUGGCAUAUUCGACAUUAAUAUGCCUCUUCUCUACGGCGAAGGGCAGACCAAAGCAUUCAAGCGUCUGCAAGAGGAAAUCAUCAAAUCUACCGACGAUGAGUCUAUAUUUGCGUGGAGGCAACCUCGAUAUCGAGUUGUAGGGAAGACAUACUGGAGCCUUCUCGCAACUAGUCCUUCUGCUUUCGAUAUGGACCACGCCUCGAAGGAUUUGAAUGGCUUGGUGCCUAAGAUAUCUAAAUACCUGUCACUUCGAUCGGGGACGUCAACGUCGAUGACGAACCGUGGGCUGGAUCUUGAGCUUUCCUUAACACCGUUCCCCGUUGACAAAUCCGGGAGCAUUUUCCUCGCCUUCUUAAACUGCGAGUUUAGACAAGGCCAAACGUCUAUCAAUCCGGCCAUCUUACUUCAAAGGGCAGCUUGGGAUAAAAAUUCGCAUUUUGUGCGCAUACGUCCGGACAUACUCGCGCUGUCCAUGAUGAACAGCAUCAUUCUCCCUGACGAGCUUCUAAAUAUCAUGAGAGGAGGCCAGAGCGAAGUCUUGCAAGAGGCCGUUCCGAGACAGGUAUUCGUACCGCACAAUACUCCUGACCUCAGGUACCUCAAGGGAGUGAUAUUCCGUCCAGAGAUCAAGGAACUCACAGAAGGGUGUGGACUGGCUGUUAGGGUGCGCUCUCGAUCACCAACGUGGCAAUACUUUGUCGAUGCUCGCGGAGGCCCUACAAAAACACAUGAAUCCUAUGAGAUCAACUUCGACUUGGCACCUGGCCCUUCACUAGGUUCUUUAGAAGCCCCUGUGGUUCUUGGAGUAUUGGAACUUGACUGUGGCAGGCCAGACUACAAACAGUGCUUAGUGGUUGGACUAGAGCCUCUGCUGCCCAACCCUUUCCAGACAACACCUCUUUACUUCUUACCGUGGUAUGCAUUCGAAGAGCAGGAUUGGAUCGCAAGGCAGGACUUUACAAGGGUUAUGGAUAAAGCGCAGAGGAGGCUGGAGUGGGAAACACCAGAGGUGAUAAAAGCCAAGAUUGGUAUUGCAAGUAGAUACUCAAGCUUGUUCUAUAGCUUGACUUUGGAGAUGGAGACGAAGCGAAAGUCAAACACCUGGUUUUGA